AACAAGGAGAACGCUGGACUAUCGGCGCAAUGCGCGCGAUAGGACUACUAGUCAUCAAAAAGCUGCCCCUCUCCCUUUUCUUUGUCUCUCCUCUCUUCCGGUCUCCUUCCUCUUCUACCCCCUCUCUCUCCUCAAAUCACCACCACGCACCACGCACCACGCCAACGCGCAUCGCACUGAGGCACAAUCCAUCCACCACGCAUCACGCUCCACGCCACCGCCGAGCCACCAUUUAGCCACCGCGGAAGCCCACGUCGCCGCAAGCAAACCGUACAAUAAAAAGUCAAGGUUCUCAUCAGGAAGAUAGUUUAUUUUGGAUGAGUGGAGUCUAUAAAUAAAGCAAUGAAUAACCGCUUAGAGCUUGGUAGACCCACCUCAGGUAAAAGAAGGCUUAAGGAUCUACUGCUUCAAAAGGAUAACCGCUGUUGUGCUGAUUGCAGUGCGCCAGAUCCUAAAUGGGCAUCUGCAAAUAUCGGAGUUUUUAUAUGCUUAAAAUGUUGUGGUGUGCAUAGAAGCCUUGGAACUCAUAUAUCAAAGGUUUUAUCUGUGACAUUAGAUGAGUGGUCUGAUGAAGACAUUGAUGCGAUGGUUGAGGUUGGCGGAAAUUCUGCAGCUAAUGCAAUAUAUGAGGCUUUUAUUCCAGAUGGAUCCUCAAAGCCUGGACCAGAUGCAAGUCAUGAUGAUCGUAUGAGAUUCAUCAGAUCUAAGUAUGAGCUUCAGGAAUUCUUGAAACCUAGCUUGCGAAUUCUUUCAAUGUCUUCUGCGAAGACAUCGCUUCAGCCAAGCUUUUCCAAGAAGCUAAUGAAUAGUUUCCGAAGUUCACAAUCAUCAAAAAUAUCAGAAAGCUCUGAAGGGAUGGUAGAAUUUAUUGGAGUAUUGAAGGUUAAAGUAGUAAAAGGGACAAAUUUGGCCGUCAGAGACAUGUUAUCUAGUGAUCCUUAUGUUGUCCUUAAUCUUGGGCAGCAGACUGUACAAACAUCUGUUGUAAAGAGCAAUCUGAAUCCAAUUUGGAACGAGGAACUUAUGCUUUCUGUACCUCAACGAUACGGAUCUGUAAAAUUGAAAGUGUUUGACCAUGACACAUUCUCAGCUGAUGACAUCAUGGGUGAAGCCGAGAUCGAUAUCCAGCCAUUGAUAACCUCGGCGAUGGCUUAUGGAGACCCAGGAAUGUUCGGUAAUAUGCAGAUUGGGAAAUGGUUGAAAUCACAUGAUAAUGCCCUUGUAGAAGACAGCAUUAUAAACAUUGAUGAUGGUAAAGUUAAACAGGAGAUGCAAUUGAAGCUCCAGAACGUUGAAUCUGGAGAGCUAGAAUUAGAAGUGGAGUGGAUGCCUCUUGAGCAAUAAUCAGUUAAUAUUAAACCCCAGAAUGUAAAUGAUUGGGGAAAAGAAAAAAAAAAAAAAUGAACUUCACAAUAUAAGAUGAAAUAACCGCCAUUGUAAAAUUCAGUUUUCUGUCCUCUGUCCUUUGUGUUUAAUUUGUUAGUGAUCUGUUUCAUGAUCGCUGAAAGUUCUUAGUGGGUACUAUUGGUUUAAAAACUACAGCUUUUCAUUGAGAGAGUUUUACGUUAAAUUAUUGUAUUGCUGAUUUUUUCUAAGAUAUUGCUAGUUAAUCAUGAAA